GAGCGCAGCGUCACGUGAGCGUCGCGUCCCGGGCAGUCGCCGGCACCAUGGCUGCGACUCCGCUGCUCGCCGGCGGCGCCGUGGCCGCCACCGCUUACCCCGACACGCCGGCCGCGGUCCCCCCGCGCCUCCAGGCUGGCGCGAUGCGGCGCCGCUUCUGGGGCGUGUUCAACUGCCUGUGCGCCGGCGCGUUCGGGGCGCUGGCCGCCGCCGCCGCCAAGCUGGCCUUCGGCAGCGAGGUGGAGCCCGGGGUCCACAUGGGCUUCUGUGUCAUGGGCAUCGUCAUGAUGUUCAGUGCCAAUUCUCUGAUGUGGACCUUCUUUAGCCGGGGCCUCAGUUUCUCCAUGUCGUCAGCCAUCGCAUCGGUCACAGUGACCUUUUCAAACAUCCUCAGCUCGGCCCUGCUGGGCUACGCGUUGUACGGCGAGUGCCAGGAAGUGCUGUGGUGGGGAGGCGUGUUCCUCAUCCUCUGCGGGCUCACCCUGCUCCACAGGAAGCUCCCACCUGUCUGGAAGCCCAUCCCACACAAGCAGCAGUGACCCUGCUUGGCACUCGGCGGAGGAGACUGGAGGAGGAGAAGUGACACUGGGGUCCUGCCACGGGUGGGUGUGUCCUGUGCUACUGCUUCUGGCCACCUGGGUGUGUGGCCUCCUGACUGUCGCCACAGAGAGGCACCAGCCAGCCAGGCCUACUAGACAGGCCUGGGCCUCCAGCCCAGAGGGUGGCAGCGACCCGCCUUGCACAGAGCACCCGCAGGACUGUGCAGCGCCUUGAUUCUCGGACUCCUGGGUCAUCAACAGGAGGGCCAGUAGAUGCUGAGGUCCUGGGUUCUGGGCCACACGCUCAGACCUGAGACCAUGCUGAGUGACAGAGUGAGUACCACACUGAAGCCCAUCACAUGCCGCCAGACAGGGGCUUCCUGACUUGGUGCGCAUGUGUCAUGCCAAGGGGAGGAAACCUGGGCUAAUAAAUAGUUUUGUAAAUUAAAA